AUGAAGCUCCUCACGGAUGUCGGGCUCGUCAGGAUGCCCAACACGGGAAGAGCACGCUCCUCCGCGCGUCCUUCUUUAAGGUUCGUGCAUGCAAAGGUCGCCGCCCUACGCGCAGAGGACGCGCUGCACGACGAGACGUCCGUGGAGGAUGUGUGCGAGCGCGAGCUGAUGGCGGGAGGAGAGCUCGCGGACGCGUUCACGCGCGACCAGCGGCAGAUGCGACGAAGCUCAGUAGGAGAUAGGGGAGACGGACAGAAGGUGGAGGCAUGCCGGUUCAUCGGCGCAGUAAAGCCUGGGGCAUCGAGGACAUGUCUGCGGACGUUCGUUCGCUCGUUCCUACGCUCGCCUACGUGCUCGACCUAGCCGGGAUGGAGACGAACGCGUGGACUGUGAUCGCGAAUCAGGCUGGCUCGCUUUAUGAAUCGGAUGCAC